AUGAAAGCAACAAUCGCGUUAGUUUGUAGCGCGCUACUUAUACAUAGCGUCGCUGCAUUCGACUUACUGCACGAAAAUAAUGAAGAUGAGCAAUUUGAAGAUUCGACGCGGGGUCGGCGGGAUGUUAUUGAGGAAGAAAAGUUUUAUAACAUGAGACCUGAUAGAAACAAUAUGAACCAAGUACCGUGGUUACCAGGACCAGUGGAAGAUGACCCUACCACCAAAAUAUCACUCACCAAAGAACCAGACGUCGCUGAUAUGUAUACUACUGAGAAAAUUACUGAAAAACCAACUGGGAGAGGCGCUAGAGCUUCCAAUGAGAAUUGGAUCAAACUGCCUUAUCUUAAUCGUGAUGAUAAAAGAGAUAUACUGGCGCCCCCACAACCAUCUGGCGACCUCAUCAACAGUAGAAUGCCUCGCGUCAACUUCGUAACACAGAAUAAAGUUCUAGAAGCUUCCGAGUCUAGAAAUGAUAAAGAAUCUAUCCAACGACCGACAAGGACCGAUGAUUUAAGGACCGAAUUCGUAAGACCUGAGGAAGACAGGGCUUACAGGCCCGUGUACCCGCGGCAGGCCGUAUAUCACGCGGACAGCAGGCCCUACUACGAUGAUCGAUAUUACGCCGCUGACGAUUUAUACAACCGUGAUCCGUACUACGAUUUAUACGACCGGAGCCGCUACACUCCGUACAGCCCGCGAGUUGACAGAUAUGAUGAAGGGUACAAUAAUUAUGUUCCUCGGAAGCCGAAAAGGAUUAUUUAUUACGCGCAUCUACCAGACGUUAUACGGACGCCGCCGAGCGUUGAUUUAAGAUACAGAUACAACGCGGAUCCUUACAGACGACUCGAUGAAGAUUACUACAGAGUAGGCAGGUAUGACUACAGGUUCAGAAACAGAUAUCCGUACGCGCCGGUCAGGAAAGAUGAGAGGAGAUUCGGGUAUAGAGAUCUCGUCGGAGCGAGCACAGCAUCCAAAGAUAAGAAGGUUGAUGAGAAAGUUACACCGACACCAAUACUACCUCAGAAAGACGAUAAGUUCAAGACUAAUUCUAACAUCAGGAAUAAUAGGAAUAAUAUAAACAGUCACCAGUACCACGAUGAUACUGAGAAUUAUAACUCCAAGAAGAACUUCCAAGAUCAAACCCGACAAUCUGAUGGCUACCUGCGUUACGACGAACCACUCUUCCACACAGUCGACGAUCCAUAUCAAAGAAAAUAUUAA